CCAAGAUGUCGGCUCGGUCAUGUGAUCAGCUGUGUCCAAUCACAGCUGAUCGCAUCUCAUGAGGAGAGGAGAGCCUCAGUGCCACCUGUCAGUAUCCAGUGCCUUGUGUCAGUGUUCAUCAGUGCCUCGUGCCAGUGCCCAUCAGUGCCACAUCAAUGCCAAAUAUCAGUGCCUACCAGUGCCUAUCUGAGCUGCCUUUCAGUGUCACCCAUCAGUGCCAGUCAGUGCCACCUAUCAGUGCUGCCAUCAGUGCCGCCUAUCAGUGCCAUGCAGUGCCGCAUAUCAAUGCGU